UCCACCCGUCCCACCCUACCCACAACCCACCUCUAGCGCGGGGCGGGUGGCCGGGCAGCCACCCGGCGGGCGCGUUCAGACCCGAAAAGGCUAACCCGUGGGAAUCAGAGCGACGGAGACUUUUAAAAAACAUGACCCUUGUUGUUUGUUCCUGAUGGCAAGAGGAAAAUACAAAAAAACACAGGAAAGUUCAAAAAAGAAAAUUUAAACCCACCUAUAGAUUCCUAUGCUGAGACAAUAUUUUGGCAAACAGCCCUUGAAUCUCUAAAAGUUUCAGGGGACUUCCCUGGCGGUCGAGUGGUUAGGACUCCGCGCUUCCACUGCAGAGGUCACGGGUUCAAUCCCUGCUUGGGGAACUUAGAUUCCACAAGCUGCGCUGGGGGGCCAAAUACAUAAAAGGUCCGGGCUUCCCUGGUGGCGCAGUGGUUGCGCGUCCGCCUGCCGAUGCAGGGGAACCGGGUUCGCGCCCCGGUCUGGGAGGAUCCCACAUGCCGCGGAGCGGCUGGGCCCGUGAGCCAUGGCCGCUGAGCCUGCGCGUCCGGAGCCUGUGCUCCGCGACGGGAGAGGCCACAACAGAGGGAGGCCCGCGUACCACAAAAUAAAUAAAUAAAUAAAUAAAUAAAAGGUCCAUCACAAUAUCACAAAAGCUGUCGCCGAUUGCUUGCUUGCUAUAUGUUUCAUAAAGGAGGCACUACUGUGCUCCCCAUCUGUUAGCCUGCGAGUCAGAGAGGGGAAAGCACUUGCCCAGGUUCUCACAAAUUAGGAUACUAAUUUGUAGUUGGCUUUUUUUUUUUUAACUCACAAUAUGUGUGGAACACAUUCCCAUGCCAAUAAAUAUUUUUCUAUCAGCUGUGUUGUAUUUCAGGUAGAUUAAACCAUACUUUGUGUGAUAAGUUCACCUGUGUGCUGGUUUGUUUGAUAUCUGUCUCCUUCCCUAGACUAAGUUCUGAGAGGCAAGCAUCAUGGCUGGCUUGCUCAUGACUGAAUCUCCAGCUCCUAAAACCAUGUCUGGUGCACGGUAGAUGCUCAGCCAAUAUUAGCUGAAUAAAUGAAUGAGUUUCAGGAGGAUGGAUUCCUGGUGCUGGAAGGAUUCUGGUCUGCAGACGAGUGUGUGGCCAUGCAACGGAGGAUUGGCGAGAUAGUGGCUGAGAUGGAUGUCCCUCUCCACUGUCGCACAGAAUUUUCCACUCAGGAGGAGGAGCAGCUGAGAGCCCAGGGCAGCACAGACUAUUUCUUAAGCAGCGGCGACAAGAUUCGGUUCUUCUUUGAGAAAGGCGUCUUUGAUGAGAAAGGAAAUUUCCUGGUCCCUCCGGAGAAAUCCAUCAACAAAAUUGGCCAUGUAGUAAAUAAUGAGAAGAGUGACUGUUCUGUGCCUGGUCCUGGGCUGUGCUUGCACACGCGUCAGCCCGUGGAGUCCUAUGGCAGCCCAGGAGGCAGGGCUGAUCCCACUGUACACAGGAGGAAACUGAGGCUUAAAGGAGAGAAAUCGGUGCUCAGAGUCGGACAGAGCAAGCGGCAGUACCAAAAUUGCUACCAGCUCUGCAUGCCCAUGACCCCGUCUUCAGGUGUGUCACACACUCCCCCAAGGUGCAGGCUUUGGCCAGAAGUCUGGGCCUCCAGAUGCCUGUGGUGGUGCAGAGCAUGUAUAUCUUUAAGCAACCUCACUUGGGCGGCGAAGUCUCCCCUCACCAGGACGCCUCCUUCCUGUAUACGGAGCCUCUGGGCCGGGUGCUGGGCGUGUGGAUUGCUCUGGAAGACGCCACACUGGAGAAUGGCUGCCUCUGGUUCAUCCCUGGCUCCCACACAGGUGAGGCCACCUGCCUCUCCCUGCCCACUCGUCCCCACCCCCCACAGGGGAGGGACCCCGAAUAAAGAGAGGCUAAAGUCCCCACCUUGGCCCGCAGGUGGAGUGUCGAGAAGGAUGGUCCGGGCCCCUGCUGGCUCGGCGCCUGGCACCAGCUUCCUUGGGACCGAGCCAGCCCGGGAUAACAGCCUCUUUGUGCCCACACCAGUGCGGAGAGGGGCCCUCGUCCUAAUCCAUGGAGAAGUGGUGCACAAAAGUGAGCAGAAUUUCUCCGACUGCUCACGCCAGGCCUAUACUUUCCACCUCAUGGAGGCUGCUGGCACCGUCUGGAGCCCAGAUAACUGGGCUUGCCUUCUGCAGGUGUCUGUGCAGACAGGCAGGCAGGAGCAGGAGGCUGGGCUGGCUGCCUUCCCCGAGAUCUGUCUCCGUCUGUCCCUACCCCAACACAACCUCCCCCUAGAGGCAGUCUCACGGCCAUGAAAGGGUUCUGGCUGCUUCUCUGCCGGCUUCUCGGCUUCUCACUCAUUGUCUCCCCUCUCACGUGGAACUCUUGGUCAUUACAGUGGGAGACACUGAAUAAAAAAGACUUCCAAAUGCA